UUUACGAUUCUCUCCUGAAACUGGUUUGUUAAAUAUCACAGUGGAUGCACUAUUUCGCAUUAGUACAGCAGUAUUUUGAGGAUGCUUAUGUGAGAAGAGAAAUAUUACAAAUAGUUACACCAUGCCUGGAUAAAGAUGCCAGUUGUGAAUGGAUUGGGGAAGUCAGAAAUGCAGAAGACCAUUAUAAAGAGCGUAUCUGUAGGCCAGUGACAUGCUCCAAUGCUGGCUGCAGUGAAAAUGUACCACUUUCAACAUUGGCCCAGCACCAAGAGGAGGAAUGUCAAUUUAGAGAUGUGGUUUGCAACUCCUGCAAUAUGGCAGUAAAGUGGGCUGAUCAAGCAGUAUAAGUCAGAACUUUAGAUUCUGGAGGCCCACAGUUUAGAAUCAAGCAUAUUCAGAGUUAAUGUAUUUCUAAGGGCUGCUGGUUUAGUUGACAACCUUAGCGCAUGAUGAUCGAUUAACCCAAUGGAAACAACAUUAUAUUAAUGCUGAAAAAGGGUCUUCAUUGUUUUACAUAAUGCCUGGCAGAUCUAUUCCAAGUGUAAAUUAAGAGACUUAAGAGGAAAAUGUAAUUUUUUGCACAUCUGGUAUGAAACUCAAUUAGUAAAUGUAUUAGCACCCAUAACAUGUAGUCUCUAAUUGUUCUUUUGAUGCAGUUAACUUAAAACAGAAUAAUUCAACAAAACAAAACAAAAAUAAAAUAAAAGAAUUGGAAAAAUUAGUUCAACUGGUGUUGAGUACAGUCAUCAAGUUUAUUGCCAUGUACGUGUGUUCACUACAACACGGAACCAUAUGAAUGAAAGUUGCAAAAACAUCCAUGUAACCUGUGGACACUGUGGAAAAGAGAACAUUCAACUUUGUGAGGUAUGUCAGUUAACACCCGUCAUUCAAUUAGUUUUUUUUGCACCAGUAAUUGAUAUAAGUAUAAUAGUUCAGGUUAUUGUAGAGAUCGAUGCUUGUGUGCUGAUUGGUCAAAAAUUAUGUCAUGUCUCACUCUAAUGACCUUGUGUGAGGUUGGGAUGUAAAUUUCAAAAUGGUUUCUCUGUGUUUUGUCAAUGUUACAGAGAAUUAGUGAUGAAUGCAAUAGAAGAUUAAAUCCAAUUCUAAAAACUUAUAUACAAGAGAUAAAGUUUGGUGUACUUCUACAUACAAAUUAUUUUUGCUGAUUGAAUUGAAUAAAUCCAGGUGUUAAAUUCUAGUGGAGACUGGCUGCUUAUCUUGAUACAAGUAAUUUAAAUGAAUGUAACAGAAUGGUUUGAAUAACAAAAUAAACAAAUUUAAUUACCACAGAAUUUGAAAGCA